UCCGAUUUGGGCCGACUGGGCCGACUAGAUAUAGCUAGAGUACCCAGUACCGCCAAAUAAUGCGAUACAGAGUUCAAGUCUCACCAACCAAACAAUUUCUUCUCGAACCAUCUGCCAGGGUGUCAACAUCUCCCCCCAUUUAUUGAACAUCUCCAUCUUCUUCUCCGCCAUAGACUUUUAGAGGCCGGAAUCUCUUUCAGUACAUCUAUCAUCACCUUGAGCAUUCAACUACCAUCAGGAGCUCUCUCCCUUCACACAAUAAUGUCCGCCACCAGAACCCUCGCCCGCGCGGCAAUCAAAUCUACUCCCUCGGCCUCGGCCUUGAGAAGCUCAACUCGAACCCGCCCUGCCUUUGCUCUCCUACGCCAGACUUUCCGCCAGCAGUCACGACGAGGUUACGCUUCUGAGCCCGCAGCCAAGUCGUCUUCUGGUCUCUUCAUUGGCAUCGGAGCCCUUGCUCUCGCCGGUGGUGCUGGUUUCUACUACUACGGCAACGGUACUCUGCUCUCAGGUUCUUCGGGCGAGACCUCCGGUUUCUUCCAGCCAAAGCAGGAUGAUUACCAAAAGGUCUACAACCAGAUCGCCGCACGAUUGGAGGAGAAGGAUGAUUAUGAUGAUGGAAGUUACGGACCCGUCUUGGUACGAUUGGCAUGGCACGCCAGCGGCACCUAUGAUAAAGAGACCGGAACUGGAGGUAGCAACGGUGCCACCAUGAGAUUUGCUCCAGAGGGUGACCACGGUGCCAAUGCUGGUUUGGCCGCUGCUCGCGACUUUCUUGAGCCAGUCAAGCGUAAGCUACCCACUCUUCUGCCCAGCUGUAAUAUUAGCUAACAAUUGAGACAGAGGCCAACCCAUGGAUCAGCUACUCCGAUCUCUGGAUUCUCGCAGGUGUCGUGGCCAUUCAAGAAAUGUUGGGUCCCCAAAUUCCAUACCGACCAGGACGAAAGGAUAAGGAUAUUGCUGCUUGCACGCCUGACGGACGUCUUCCAGAUGCAACCCAGGGAAACAAGCACUUGAGAGAUAUCUUUUAUCGUAUGGGUUUCAAUGACCAGGAGAUUGUUGCCCUUUCCGGAGCUCACGCCUUGGGCCGCUGCCACACUGAUCGCAGUGGCUUUACUGGACCAUGGACAUUCUCUCCAACCGUCGUGACAAACGAGUACUACAAGUUGCUCUUGAACGAGAAAUGGCAGUGGAAGAACUGGAAGGGCCCUAAGCAAGUAUGUUAUCCAAAUAUUCUUACAAGUGGCAAUUGCUAACAAACUCAAUAGUUGGAGGACAAGACGACCAAGACCUUGAUGAUGCUUCCUACCGAUAUGGCUCUUGUAUCCGACAAAUCCUUCAAACAAUGGGUCGAGAAAUAUGCCAAGGACAACGAUCUUUUCUUCAAGGAUUUCUCCGCCGUCAUCACUAAGCUGUUCGAACUUGGUGUGCCUUUCGCCGAGAACGCCACCCCAAUGACUCUCAAGCCUACUACGGCAUAAAUCCUCACACAAUUAUACCCAAACGUACACGAUCCAUCCUUUGGGAUGUGCCAUAGACGUUUAGACGAAGACCACAUAGAAAGAGGGCGGUACAUUGUAGAGUCUUCGAUGACAUGUACUCGUAUGCUGAGGAAACGUUCAAUUGGCGGGAUGGUGCGUCACCUUCCCUAACUGGUCUGUUUUCCGCGUGGGGAUUGUAUUAUGAAGAUGAAAGUUCGG